UUGCAAAGUAUUUUUUAACUUUUAUCAUAUUGAAGUACAGUUUCAAAUCGCAUAGGAAGUGUGUUUAGUUAAACCUAAUCAAUUUGUACUCAUUGGCCUUCGAAAAAACCUUCUUUCUUGUGUCGAGAUAUUGCUUUGCGGAAAGGAGGUACUGGCGGGAGGAGGGAGAAUUUCCGACUCUUGAUGGACUUCUGGACAUCAUGAUUCUUGAGGUCAACGGGUAUAUAAGGAUGCUCAAUCUCUCGAGAUUUUCGAAUAUCAUGCACUCAUCAACUCACACAACAACCAACACACAACACACAACAAACAACACACAACACACAACUGACAGUCAAGCAAACCAAUCACCAAACUUCCCUCUCCAAUAAUCAAUCAGCAACUUCAUUUCAAACAAUCAUCAUGAUUUCAAUCAAGACCCUCGCUAUCCUCUUGUUCUCUGCUAUGGCAGUUGACGCCGCCGGAGUCGUUGGCAAAGCUGAAGGUUUCGCCGCUGGAGCCACUGGAGGUGGAUCUGCUGCUGCCGCAUCCCCAGCAAACCUCAACGAGCUUAUUAACUGGCUCUCCGAUGGAGUUGCCCGUACCAUUGUCCUUGACAAGACUUGGGAUUUCACAGGCUCUAUGGGCUCAAAAACCGAGAAGGGCUGCAAACCCCGCUCAAACACAUGCCCCAAUGGUACCGGACAGGAUUCGAUCGAUAUCAAUGGUUGGUGUGAACAGGAUGCAAAUGCCGAUCAAAGUAUCGCCAAGCCAGUUAUCACUUAUGAUGUCGCCGGUAUUCCUCCAAGUGCUAUCAAGCUCGGUUCUAACAAAUCCAUUAUUGGAGUUGGAUCUGCUGGAAAGAUUAAGGGUAGAGGUUUCUACAUUGCAGGUGCCAAGAAUAUUAUUAUCCAGAACGUUGAGUUCGUCGAGAUGAACCCCAAGUAUAUCUGGGGUGGAGAUGCUAUCUCCGUUGAUGGCACCGAUCUUUUAUGGAUCGAUCAUGUCAAGAUCUCCCGAAUUGGUCGUCAAUUCAUUACCAUGGGUCCAGGUGCUUCCAACCGUGUCACCAUUUCCAACUCCGAGUUCGACGGUACUACUUCUUGGUCUGCUAUGUGCAACAACCACCAUUACUGGACACUUUACUUCACUGGAUCCCAAGAUAGUGUCACUUUCAAGGGCAACUAUAUCCACAACACAAGUGGUCGUGGACCCAAGGUUGGAGGUCUGCACUCCGCAGUCAAGCCCAAUGUCUUCCUACAAGUUGCCAACAAUUACUGGUCAGGUAUCGCAGGAAACGCAUUCCAAAUCGGCGAGGGAGCAAAGGUACUUGCUGAGGCCAACGUUUUCGAGAAUACAGUUACACCCGUCAUCUUCGACAUUCCCAGCAACCCUCUUUGGUCUUCAAGCACCGGCGUUACAGCGUGUGCUGCGAGCCUUGGUCGUAACUGUCAGGCUAAUACCCUUGCCGGAUCCGGAGCUUUUGCUGGCUCCAACACGGAUGUUUUGGCCGCUGCAAAGGGGUUGCCUCUUGCUCCUGUCAGCGAUGUUGCGGGUACUAAAGACAACGUUCUUAAGAGCGCUGGUAUUGGAAAGAUCUAAGGGAUAAUUUGGAUAGGGCAAACUAAAGGGAUGAAAGGGUAGGAAUGGAAAGGAUCUAAGAAGUAUAUAUAUACUAGUUAUAAUUGUUAAGCAAUUAAUUUUAUUUGUUUGAAGAAAAGUUUGUUGUGCCUGAUAUGAUUGCUCGUGUUUUGUACUUGAGGUUAUCAAUCCAUAUCCCCUGGAUUGGAAAAUCUUAUAAAGAUUUCCAGGUUGAUUUUCUGGUACUCGCGUCUUUAUCUUUAUACAUCUAAUUGCCCCACUG